AUGGCUGCAACUCAAGUCGGCUGGAUAGGACUAGGCUCUAUGGGAAUAGGCAUGUCCAAAAACCUACAAAAGCAUCUCUCGAAAGCAGGGUCACCAAGCUUGAUAUACACGAAUCGAACACUGUCCCGCGGUGAGUUGCUGCAGGAAUUGGGUGCUAUUCCUGUCGAGACUGUCAAAGGCGUCGCGAGCAAAUGCGAUAUCAUCUUCUCAUGUGUCAGUAACGAUGCAGUAUUGCAAGGCAUUACCGACGAGAUUAUUGCAUCCGGGGACAUCCAGGGCAAGGUGUACGUUGAUUGCUCUACAGUUCACCCGGACACGUCUAAAACCGUCUCGAACAAGAUAUCCGCUGCGGGAGCAGAAUUUGUUGCAGCCCCUGUUUUCGGCGCAGCCCCCAUGGCCGAAGCUGGAAAGCUCAUCUUCGUGACUGCAGGUCCUCCUACUGCAAUAACCAGGAUUACGCCUUAUCUAAGCGGCGUUAUGGGUAAAUCUAUCAUUGAGAUGGGGCCCGAUGUGGCAAAGUCGAGUCUCACGAAGAUCGCGGGCAACAUAUGUGUUGUUUCAUUUAUGGAAGUCAUUUCCGAGGCCCAUGUCUUUGCGGAAAAGACAGGUCUCGGUUCGCCAACUCUUGAAAAACUUUUGAGUGACAUGUUCGGACCAGUGAUAGAGAGCUACUCCAAAAGAAUAUCCACCGGUAUUUACGCCCCAGCUCCCGACGGCAAGGCCGGGUUUGAUGUCUCCCUUGCCAUUAAAGAUGCCAGGCACGCAUUGAACUGUGCUAGUGGGGUUGGUGUUAAGUUGGACGUGAGUGGGAUUGCCUUGGACCACAUGGUAAAGGCACAGCAGCUGCAACCAGGGAGACCGCUUGACAGUAGCUCAAUGUACGGUGCCAUCAGGUACGAAUCUGCGUUGGAUUUCUUCACAGACCUAUGCAAGAAGCGAGACGGUAGUAUUUGA